CCGGCCAUUAUGCCGGCUUAGGGCGGUGUGGGUCACUGAACCCGGCCCGUUUUCCGAUAAUGAUGAAAAUGGAUCGAUAGAUGUGGACUGGACUCGACUGGUUGAGUGGUGGACAAUGUGAACCGGCGAUGGAUCGAUGCCUAGGACCAGCAUUCCUUCAGGUUUGGGCUCCUUCAACCUGCGGGACAAGCUGCAGCUCGCAAUGUGGACGGCCGAAUUCCUUUUUUUUCCUUUCCUUUUCUUAGUUUCCUUUUGGGUGGAUAGCGACCUUGGGGUUAUGGCGCAUGGGAUGGACUGCGGGAUGUUGGGCAUCAAAACGCCCUUUGGUGUUUCUUUUUUCUGUCACCAAUAUUUGAAAUGGUUGGCCAUAGAAUCACAUACAGUACCGAGGUACAGGGAUCAAAGGGCAGGGAAAUGGGGCUUGGCUUUAAUUUUGGGCAUGCUACAGCAAGGGCUGGAUACACAGGUAUACCACUGCUUUUAUAUACCAUCACUACACAUUACCGGUACCAUUACUUGGGUUCAUGAGCGACAGAUGGUUCAAGGCAAACUGGAAGUUUCAGUAACGAAAUGCCAGGAACCUUGACUCCCUUCUUUCCGUAUGUAACUUGUUUGCUACCAAGCUACCAAGCUACCUCGCAGUCAAUACUACAGGCUGCAGUGAUGUGCUCUU